AUGACCCAGGAAAUUAUCUAUGAAAUUUUCUUCCACAAUCCAACGAAGAUGCCCCAGGCAAAAAAGGAGGAAAAUUUCAGGCCUCCUGGUACUAGCGGAACAGAACAAGAUGGCCCUCCGAUAGUGGAAGGAAGUCCCAUCCCAAAAUUUAAUUUUUUCGACUUGACAUUUCCAAAUAUAGUUCUCCGGAGCGACAAACCGGAUUGUUGUUGGGAUGUGAACAAAUCCCCGAGGCGAAAAUUUCGAGAUUGAAUUGAUUUCUUGACGGUGGAAGAUCUAGCAUGGGAUGGAAGCAACCGAGUUAUUUAUGAAAAUAUGUGGAGAUGAAUACUAAAAUUAUUACUCAUGGUAAACCAGGGGAAUUACUAGGCAACACAAGAAGAAAUUGUCCAUAU